UCCAGCGGUGUGUGUGACGUCAGUGUGCCGCGACAGCAGCGAUGUUUACGUCUCAGACCUCGUCUUUCCAAGAAUCCAUCGAUGUGGAGGAUAAAGAUGCAGAUUUCGACAGUGAAGAGCUGGCCGCCUAUGGACAGAAAAUACAGCAGAUUAACUGUUACUAUUCCAUAUAUUAUUACCAGAGCGCGAGGUCCGAACCCUCGGAUGAGAGCGUCUCCUGGAGCCGGAAGAGAGCCGACUCCACUACGAGCCAGGAGGACUUUAGUCUAACCCUAUUGGACAGCAGCCUGCCAGUGGAGGCGGAGCCUGAGCUGCGAAGCUACAUCUCGCGCAGACUGAGUAAAGGAGCCCUGCUGGGUGGCAUGGGCAACAUCGCUACAGUGGAGCUGAGCCUUCCUGAGCAGGCAGUGGGGUGUUACUGCUGCUUUCUGGAACAGGAGAAAUCCCCAGAACAGCCCGAGGCCAACGGGAACGGCUGGGUGGUCUGUCUCCUCGGCGGCUCAGAAAAAGGACUCAACUUGUUCAGAAUCGAGCUGGAUAAGUACGUCCAGGGUCUCCAGAGCAGCCUGACACCUGAAAUGCAGAACCUGGAGUCGGAGGUCCGGCCCUAUCUCAGCCGCUGGUACGAGGAGUCGGUGAUGCACAUCCACAGGGUGGUGCAGCUGGUGCAGGCCAACAUCAGCUUCCUGCUGCACGCUGCUUUGAGUCACACCCAUGUUGAGGUGACAGGAGCAGAUGAGAGGACCAAGACAGACGUGGCGAGGUUCGUCAAAGCUGCGAGUCUUCAGGGUCUGGUGCAGGAGGACCCGAACACCGUGUCUCUGUGUAAAGCCAUCUCUGAGGCCUCGCACUCGGACCUGCUGAUCGACUGCUCGAGCGCAGAGACCACGUUCAACAACGCAGUGACGAACCGGUUCUGUGACGAGUGGAUCCAGGCGUUUGUGAACGCAGCUGAGCGCUUUAACCCGUUUCUUCUGCGCCAGAUCCUGGAGAACUUCAAGCUAAAGGCCAUCCAGGACAUGAACAACCUGAAACGCUUCAUCCGUCAGGCGGAAAUGAGUCACUACGCCUUGUUCCGCUGCUGCCUGUUCCUGCAGAGCUGCGGGAACGGAGACGUGCUGCUGCAGAACGCUCGAGCGGAACACAGCGGCCUUCCCGAAGCCUGCAGCAUCAUCCGUGUGCUGGAGGAGUUCCUCAGCGAGCAGGCUGCGAUCACGGCGCAGUGACGGAUCAACACAUUACUACACACAAGCUCCAUUUACAUUCAGAUUCCUUUACAUUCCUCUCCGCGUGUGAUCAGGAGGCGGGCUCGCGCUCGGGGAUAAUGCUGACGGUGCAGUGAGCGGACGUGGCCUGCAGGGGGCAGAGUGUAAAUGAAAUCUAAUUAAUUUACUGUCACAUGGUCUAAUCCUCAAUUGUGAAUCCCGCUGCUCCAGGACGAGUGUCGUGCAGUUUGGUCUGGUGUACGCGCCCGUGUCUGAUUAUACACGCCUCUGAUCAUAUCAUCGCUUCCUCUUAACACUAAUAAAACAGAAAAUCGUAAAGUGCAAUCUUCCUCUCAGCAUAAUCACUGACCAUGAGCUAAUGAUUCAUCAUGUCUGUGUUUCGACUGUUUUAAUCAUGAACUCUAAUCAUCAUCAUCAUCAUCAUCAUCACACAACUGACUCUGCUCCGUAUAGUGAAUUUAAUCGCAACCACACUACUCAAGAAGUGAAAUGAAAUGUUGUUUUUUUUGCAUUAAAUUGAUUUCAUUGCAUUGUUGUUUUUUGUUUGUUUGUUUUAAUGCGACAAUCUUAUCUGUGUUUCAAUGAACUGAAACGUGACUAAAUGUGAA